CCCAAAUCCUGUGGCUUCUCAUCUGCUGAGCCCCAGAGGUGACCCCAGGGUUGGGACAACUGCUCUGGGGACCAAAUGGGGACGGACUCAGCUCCUGGCUGGAUUCGACCCGCUGGGAAUUUCCCGGCUGCGCAGGGGGAAGCACUAGCCAGUGGGAACACCCGUGGCAGCUCCUAUAAAAGGGCUCCUCAGCACGGCGGGUGCCAGGAGGCAGGAUGAGGCUGUGCCCAGCCAUGCUGGUGCCACUUCUGCUGCUGCUGGCCUCGGCCAGAGCCACCACGCCAGGGCUGGAUGGAUCCACGCCGGGAGGCCUGCCUGGCUCCGUCCCACCAUCCUUGCCUGGGCUCUGGGCCGUGGGCUAUGGUGACGUCGUCUCGGCGGCCGUGGAGCUGCUGAAUGCCAGGGCCGUCAGUCCCUAUGUCCUGCGGCUCCGGGAGUCCCAGUCUCCACCCGGCUGGCUCGUGGACCUUCAGGACCGGCAGGAGCUGAGCUUCACUGUGGAGGAGACCUCGUGCCGAGCCCCGGGGACGGCCACUGGCGCCUGCAAGAGCCGCUGGCUCGGGGCGGUGAGUUGGUGCCGGGGCUUUGUCUUCCUCGAGCAGCAGCAGCCCACGGUCGAGCUCUCCUGUGAGAAGGUGCCCACCAAGCUCGGCCAUUUCCGCACAUCCAGAUCCAGGCUCACGGAUUUUUUUACCAGGAUCAAGGAACGUUUCAGGGGUUUCUCCCAGUGUAGCAAGAUCUGGAUCCGUGACAAGCUCGACCUCAAAAACCCCAAACCCUGAGCGGUUGAUGCUGUGUCCCCCCCUGACCCUGUGCCCCCCUGCCUGGGUGCUCUGCUUGCAAUAAA